AAACUUUUUUUACAUUUUAGACUCAUUUAUAAAUCAAUGUAUUCGGUCGAUAGACCAAAUAUAUUAGUUAUUAAAUGAAUUUAAAAAAUAAAAGUUUGUUUAUAUAUAAACCAGAUAAAUUACAUUAUUAUUUGUGUGUCUUCAAAUUUCAUUGAACCCUUUGAGGUUUUGAUAACAUCUCCACCAAAAUAUAAAAGCAAAGAGAUAUCAUAUUUGCAAGUUUCAUUCUUGAGCCACCUUAUCUCUCUAUCUCAAUCCUUCUGUAUCAGUUCCUCUCUUUUAUGUUCUCUUCUUGAAAAAUUCUCAUCAAUUUUUGUGGUUUUUCUAAGAAGGAAUUCUAAGAGGGGACAGAUAUGGAGGCAGUGCUUCAAACAAGAGGGCUUCUCUCUCUCCCAACAAACCCUAAAAACAGGGUUUUGCUUCAACCCAAUUCCUUAAAGCAUAGAUUUUUAUCACUUAAACCAAAAGCCCUUAAUGGGUCUUCUUUAAAUUCAAAUGGGUUUUCAAAAAUCAAUUCUUUUUCAUCAAAAGUUAAUGGGUUUGGUCAAAAUGGGAAAAAUUUGUUCAUCUGUAAAGCAGAGGCUGCUGCAGCUGCUUCUUCUGAUGGACAACCAGUUUUUGGGGAAAUUGAGGUUGAAAAAAAACCUAAAAUUUUGGGUAUUGAAAUUGAUACUAUGAAAAAGAUUGUACCUUUAGGGUUGAUGUUCUUUUGCAUCCUUUUCAAUUACACAAUUUUGAGGGAUACUAAGGAUGUUUUAGUUGUUACUGCAAAAGGAAGUAGUGCUGAGAUUAUACCAUUUUUGAAAACAUGGGUGAAUCUUCCUAUGGCUAUUGGUUUUAUGUUGUUGUAUACAAAAUUGUCUAAUGUUUUGUCAAAACAAGCUCUUUUUUACACUGUGAUUCUUCCUUUUAUUGCUUUCUUUGGGGCUUUUGGUUUUGUUUUGUAUCCUCUUAGCAACUAUAUUCAUCCUGAAGCUUUUGCAGACAAGCUUCUUAAUGUUCUUGGUCCUAGAUUUCUUGGUCCUCUUGCAAUUAUCAGAAUUUGGAGUUUCUGUCUGUUCUAUGUUAUGGCUGAAUUAUGGGGGAGUGUCGUUGUUUCUGUGUUGUUUUGGGGUUUUGCUAAUCAGAUUACUACUGUUGAUGAAGCAAAACGAUUCUAUCCACUGUUUGGACUUGGAGCCAAUGUAGCCCUUAUAUUCUCUGGUCGGACUGUGAAAUACUUUUCUAAUAUGAGGAAGAAUUUAGGCCCUGGAGUUGAUGGUUGGGCCAUCUCUCUAAAAGGAAUGAUGAGCAUAGUUGUGAUUAUGGGGUUUGCAAUCUGUUUGCUGUACUGGUGGACGAAUAAUUUUGUUCCUCUUCCUGAACGUAGCGUCAAGAAGAAGAAGAAACCAAAAAUGGGAACAAUGGAGAGCUUGAAAUUCUUGGUGUCUUCAAGGUACAUUAGAGAUCUUGCCACUUUAGUGGUUGCUUAUGGAAUCAGCAUUAAUCUUGUUGAGGUUACUUGGAAGUCUAAACUCAAAGCUCAGUUUCCUAGCCCCAAUGAGUAUUCCUCUUUCAUGGGAGACUUCUCGACUGCAACUGGAAUUGCCACAUUCAUAAUGAUGCUUCUAAGUCAAUAUAUAUUCGACAAAUAUGGAUGGGGUGUUGCUGCAAAGAUUACACCUACGGUCCUGCUUCUUACCGGAGUUGGUUUCUUCUCUCUCUUAUUGUUUGGAGGUCCAAUUGCACCUGGUCUUGCAGCGAUUGGAAUGACUCCACUGCUAGCAGCUGUUUAUGUUGGUGCUAUGCAGAACAUAUUUAGCAAGAGUGCUAAGUACAGUUUAUUCGAUCCCUGCAAAGAAAUGGCUUACAUACCCUUGGAUGAGGAUACUAAGGUCAAAGGGAAAGCAGCCAUUGAUGUUGUUUGCAACCCAUUGGGAAAAUCUGGAGGUGCCCUUAUCCAGCAAUUCAUGAUCUUAACUUUCGGAUCACUAGCUAAUUCAACUCCAUACCUUGGAGGUGUGCUUCUAGUGAUUGUUCUCGCAUGGUUAGGAGCAGCCAAGUCGUUGGAUACACAGUUUACCGCGUUGCGUAAGGAGGAAGAACUCGAGAAAGAGAUGGAAAGAGCAGCCGCUGUCAAGAUACCAGUGGUGUCUGAGAAUGACAGUGGAAAUGGUUCCUUUUCCAGUGAUUCGUCAGUUAGUCCAUCUGAAGCCUCAUCUCGCAACAAUUAAAAACAUUCUUUCUGUCGAGAAAUUGAUUUACAGAAAGAAUGAGUAGAAAGAAACUGUCUGAGAGCAGUGUUAGGUGGAAACUAUUUGUUUUAGGUUUAUUUUUAUUUAAUAAGCAUAUAGAAUAAGCUUGCUACUUGUUUUUUUUCUUCCCUCAAGUCCUACAUUUUUUGACUCCCAUAAUGUAAGAUGAUUUUUAUUUAUUUCAUACUCACAUUGUUUUCCUAUAAAAGAUAGGAACUUGUUUUUUCCUUUUCUUAUCUGUACAACUGUACCUGUAUUGAGGUGUUUGGAAGAAUUUAUUUUAUGAAAUAAACACACGUUGGUAACA